AUGCCACUUGCACGUGGAGAGCAGUGGAAGACAUCUGCCCCGAGGUCCCAGCCAGCUGCAGCCGCCCCCACCAGUGACGGCACUGGCACCGAGCGCCAGCGGCCUCCAUCCACCAAGCACCCCACGAGUCACGGCCUCUGUCUCUUCCCUGUGCGACAAGCUCUGCGCGAUAACACGGCAUCGUCUAGCUCGACGCCCCAGGUCAUGUCGGAAAGGUUCAAGAACAUCGCCAAGAAUGGCUGGCGCCCAGAGAAGUCGAGCUCCAGCUCCAGCUCCAGCUCUUCAGGGGGCGGCGUCCGUGGCCGUGUGAAUGGCCUGCUUAGUCGGCCUCUCGGCGGCUCAGCCUCGUCGUCCUCAGAGAGCCGCGGCGCUGCUAUGCCUAUUGCCUCACUCAAGGAUCCAAACUCGUUUGGCCCGCCUCCCAAGCACGUCGCCGCAGGUGGCCAAGUUGUCCCGACCUCAACAGCUUCAGCAUACCAGUCGCGGCAACCGCCGGCUCUACCAGCCCCGUCCUCAUCAUCGGUAGCAGGAGAUGUAUCGGGAGGACGGGCCAACUACUCCCCGAGCCCAGUACAGGAGGAGGAGCAGCCCAGACCACCACCCAAGCCCUUCAAGAUCGACAGCUCCGGCCUCUCGACUUCACACUUGCCGCCGCCGCCGGCACGCAGGGACGGCGCGGAUGGUCGUGCUCCAGGCACAGGCCCACUCGGACCUGGCCACACGUCGCGCACACCGACUUCUCCGGUUUCACCGGCUCGCACCAGCACGCAGUCACCAGCAGGAGCAGCACCAGCGAACCGGCUCGGCGCAGCAGGAAUCUCAGUCCCCGGUUUCGGCAUCGGCGGCGGUGGCAGCAGAACGACGGCAAACACAACAGCAGCAGCAGAUACACCACCCCCACCAGCAUCAGCAGGCGGUGGCACAACAUGGGCGCAGAAACAGGCAGCCCUGCGCACGGUAUCGCAGUUCAACAAGGACCCAUCAUCAGUGUCGUUGGCGGAUGCUAAGGCGGCCGCAGGCACGGCCAACAACUUCCGUGAGCGCCACGGGGCGCAGGUCGCUUCCGGGCUUAAGACGGCGAACUCGGUCAGUCAGAGGUUUGGCGGCGGUGCUGGAGGGGGUGUCGCCUACAACACGGGGCCGACCAGCAUGGCGGGUGCCGCCGCAUCCUUUAGCGGUGCUGCUCUGGCGGCGAAGAAGAAGGCUGCUCCUCCGCCGCCAAAAAAGAAACCAGGUCUGUCUAGCACAAGUGCGGCUGACGGAGAUUCAGGAGGACCGCCUCCUCCAAUUCCAUUAGCAACUAGACCUACCUUUUGA